AUGUAUGAGGCUUCUGCUUGCACUGCAAUACGCAAAAAUGAUUUUAACAAAUUUCCACAGACACUAAUUGAAUUUCAAGAAGAACGUACCGCCGAAUGUGGUCAAAAUAUUAUCGAUCCUUAUACAGGUGUAAUAUGUAAAAUGCCACGAAUUACAAAAGUGAAUCAUUUUGUUAAUACACCACCAUUUCUCUUCAUCAAUCUUCCAUAUAAUACAAAGACAUUAUAUGGUUUAUCACAACAGUUAACGGUUGAAACAAAUAGGUAAGAAUUUCUUCACUUUUGUUUACAAAUUAAAAAACAAGCAAGAAUUAUGUUUUUCGUAAUAGAAACAUAUGUCUAACCUAAUCAUCUACAUUCUACUCUUAUCAAAAGUCUUUUAGAUUAUUUUCGAAUCAAAUUGCAUUGCACAUACUAAAUGUCUGUUAUAUCUCGUAAGUACAAUUUUCUUAUUACAUUUUUAUAUUUAUAGUUAUAUCUUGCUUUUGAAUAUUUUACUCUUUGUAUUCUCGGGCUACAAAUACAAUAAAAUUUGUCGUGCUUCUUAUUUUAUGAUUACUACCAAUCACUUUUUAUGUUCAAGUUCUAACGCAAGUCUAAGAAAUUUAUGUAUUAGGAAAUGAAUUAAAACGACAUUUAGUUUUUUUUUUUUUAAACUUGUUUCUUAUUUAUUUAACGCCAACUGGAAAAAAACAAAGUACAAAGCUAAGAAGAGCAGGCAAAUCGAAGUAAGAUCAUUAUAUGCCUGGAUCUAUUCGACAAAAUGAGA